UCACUCUGAUUGAUUUUCACUUUUUUGCUCUUCGAGUUGCCCAUUUUGCGUCUGGAGUUGCGAAGCGCGCAGUUGGCUAUGGAUCAACGUUUAUAUUAGGAUGAAGAUAACAGUCGAGAUAACCAGCCAAUCUUGACAAUUAAAAACAAUGCAAUGCCUGAUAAUAAUUUGAUGAUAAGAACGCCCCCUAACUCACGGAGAGAAAGCAAGUAUGCAACUGACUUAAAACUAUUUUCGUAAACAUAUAUGUUGAGUUGAGACUUGAAAGAUAAGAUGGCAAUGACAUACCCGUAUGUGUUAUGUGCCGGGUAUCUGUAGGUCGCUUAAGUAUGUACCUACAAUUCCCAUGAACAUUUAUUCAUGUAGGUAUGUUGUACAUUUGGAUGAUAUUUUUUUUUUAUUAGAGGAAAUCGACUCAUUUUAUAAGCAGUUGUGUAAAUAAUGACGAACAUUCGUAAAAGUAGAGCUCAAUUGUUUAUGAGUGAAGUCACAAGUGGAAGCAAUAUAAUAAUGUGUAGACAAGAUUGUGAUAAGACUAGUCGCCUUCCUUAGUCACAAAGUAGACAGUGACGCAUUCACCGUUCCACUAUGCAAUGCAAAAUGGCUUAAAAAGUGAACGCUCAUUUUUAGCAAAAGAAAAAAAUGUAUAUCUUGGCAAGCGCAUAAAAACUACAACCAUGAAGCUCCCAUAUCAUUUGUUCGGAUAAUUUAAAGUUGAGAUUCAAUAUUCUAAUUAUUUGUUCCAACAGGCUUCGGUAUACGAUUAAUGACAUUUCAUGCAUUGUGUGGUCCAGUGUAUCUAAGCUACUACCCUAUCCUUAAGUCAGCUGUAGAAACAUCUAACCCUUUACAAUCUUCCAUGCCCAGCAACUGUCCGAGCGUGACAAUUAGGAGUACUUCCACGAUGGCCCAUCAUAUCCGAGACCUUCGUCGAACAUAUCGUAUCACUCUCACCAUCUAAAACCAACAUUAAGAUGUCUGUACAAUUAUUUGCCUUUGCUCUUCUCGCCUGCAUAGUAACUGCCUACGGCGCAAAACUCAGCGAUGUUCAUACGUUUCAUAACACAGAGGUCGUACCCGUAGAAAGAGAAGGACGAAUUUUAGUAGUGCCGACUUUGGGAGACGUGAUUUUUACAGGGUUAAAAGUUACUUGGUUCCUCAUUUCAACGGCCUGGUCUCUCAUUGGCUACAAACUGGCGACCAUCACCCUGCUAGCCGACGUGGCCAUCUGGAUCGCGCACAACUGUCUCCACGCGAUCAUCGGUGCGGCGGUGACGCUGGCCUUCUGCAAGCUCACCGGCAAGUGCACCCUGGACUACGCGGACUAUGAGCCAGAGCUCGCUGUGGCUGCUAAGCACCUCGCCGACGGCACUGCCAAAUAUACCAGUUAAAUUGUACAAUACUUGCGUCUUACGUUGUUUCCAGUUUACAUAUUUAUUACACAUGAAAUAAAUUAAUUUUAAAGAACCU